AUGCUGUUAAGAGCGAGAGGGCCUGGAGAAGGUAUGGAAAACAUGAAUAAAAGAGACCAACUAUUCAUGAUGAUUCAGAAAAAUGAUAGCUCAGAUAAUCUGAUAUUUCAUAUGAAAAAUGAAAUCAGAAGCACCAAGUAUAAACCAGUAGACUACCAACAAUUGCAUGCAUUAACUGAAGCAAAAAAGUUAGCUUCUGCCUCUACAGAGCUAAAGAUCAGAAAAACAGUGCAGACUUCAAAGUUAUCUAAAGAACAAACACUAAUAAAGCAACACAAGCAAGUGUGGUGGCAAGAACACCAAAGGCUAAAUGAAGUCAGAUACAAAAUGGAAUCUGAGAUAAAAUCCUUAUUCAAUGAAAAGAACAUUGGAAAUGAAUGUCUUUCUGACCUUAUGAAUUUUGAACAGGAGUUAUCAGAACAAUGGUGCACAUAUCUUAAAAAUGUAAUAAAUCCUAUUCAGCAAUUGAGAGAAGAUCUAAAAUACAGACAGCAUCACAUUUCACAGUAUUCACACUCAUACAGUGAAUCUAACUCUGUGAAAGUAUUGGAAGAGGUUGACUUCGUGAAGAAACAACUGAAAGCUGUCUAUGAACAACUUAGGCUAGAGCAACAGAAAAUAGAAAAUUAUCUUUCAGACUGGAGCAUGAAAAUAUUAGAUCAUUCUUCAGAAGAAAGAAGUAACCUGCUUAGUGAACUGCCCAUGGAAUUAGAAACUUUGGAAUGUCCAUACCCUGACUUGAAAUCUUCAAUCCUUAAUGAGUUCUGUAACUUUACAGAGAAAUAUCAAAAGAAACUUCAAGAUUUUGAUCUGCAAUUAGAAGACAUAUACAGAAACUUCCAGUUAAGUGAUGAAGACCGCUGGAUUUACCAGGCUGUUUUGGAUCAGUAUCCUGGGAAUCUCUGUGGCAGAAGGACUUUGUAUCUGGACAUGUUACAAAGAUAUCUUCCACACAAAUCAAGGCAUGAUUUGGUCGAACAUGAGAAAUAUUGUGACCAAUAUCGCUUUGCUAAGGAGCAGCGAAGAAUCCUGAUAUUAAGUUGGAAUAAGACUAGGAGAGACUUUAUAGAGAAGGCUGUGCUGACACUGGCCGAAGCCUGUGCAACUCAUGAAAUGGAAAGCAUGUUGGAUAAGGACAGGAAAAAGCAACAGGAAGUGUGUGCUGAUCUGAAAGCCAAGGUUCUUCAGUGGCGAGCCCGCCAGGAAGAGGUAACAAGACUGGAAAUGGAAAUCUCUGCCAGAAGAAGAGAAAAGGAAGAGGAGAAAGAGAAACUGUGGAAGAAGAAGGAAUUGUUACAAAGAGAAGAGAAGAAAAAAGAGAUAAGAAAAUACUGGGCUGAUAAAGAACAGAAAUGGCAGGAAAUGGAAAUGAGAGAUCUUCGCCGUCUGGAAAAACUGAAGAAAUUAAUGGCUGAACAGUCAGUAAAAGACAGAGAAAGGGUUAAAUAUAGACAAGAAUUAUUGGAAAAGCGUUUGAUGGAGAAAAAAGAAGUGGCCCUUCAAGAAGCGCUUAAAGAGGAAGAGAGAGAAAAACGACUAGAAGCCCUGAGGAAACAGGUUGCUAUUGUCGCUCAAUUUGAUCCUGUUAGAAUGAUGUCAGAUACAGUGGCAUCAAAAGCAAGGAUGGGUAUUGGAACUGAAGAAGAAUUUAUUCUCCAAAAGCCACUCUUCACAUUGAAUACAUACAAUGAACAGCAGAUAAUUUCUGACCCUAGACUUCGUUUUGAGUUAGCGCUCCGAGAAGCUGGACUUCAUAAAACAUUUUAUGCCAAAGAGAUAUUACCAAAAAUCAGUCCUCAAAAACCUCCAAGAAAGGAUAUGGAGUCUACUGUAUUUAAAAUCUAG